UGCUUAGGCGCGCAAGGGACCCUGUGGGAGGCGUUGUGUGUGACUAACGUACUCCACUCAAGGACCCCGGUGCUAGGAUUUACCCCGUCGCCAUGAGCUACAUCAACCUGCCCACCGUGCUGCCCAUCUCCCCCAGCAAGACUCGGGGGCAGAUCCAGGUGAUUCUCGGGCCAAUGUUCUCAGGGAAAAGCACGGAGCUGAUGAGGAGAGUGAGGCGUUUCCAGAUCGCCCAGUACAAGUGCCUGGUCAUCAAGUAUGCCAAAGACACGCGCUAUAGCAACAGCUUCUCCACACAUGACCGGAACACCAUGGAUGCACUGCCGGCCUGCAUGCUCAAGGAUGUGGCCCAGGAGGCCUUGGGUGUGGCUGUCAUUGGCAUCGAUGAAGGGCAGUUUUUCCCUGACAUUGUGGAUUUCUGUGAAAUGAUGGCCAAUACAGGCAAGACAGUGAUUGUGGCGGCGCUGGACGGAACCUUCCAGAGGAAGGCUUUCGGCAGCAUCUUGAACCUGGUGCCCUUGGCCGAGAGUGUGGUGAAGCUCACCGCCGUGUGCAUGGAGUGCUUUCGAGAAGCUUCCUACACCAAGAGGCUGGGCCUGGAGAAAGAGGUGGAGGUGAUUGGCGGAGCGGACAAGUACCACUCUGUGUGCCGCCUGUGCUACUUUAAGAAGUCUUCAGCCCAGACUGCAGACAACAAAGAGAACUACCCAGUGCUGGGGCAGCCUGGAGAGAUCCCGGCUGUCAGGAAGCUCUUUGCCCCUCAGCAAAUCCUACAGUGUAACUCUGCCAACUGAGGGGACCCGGGGCCUGCCAGCUCCUUCCCCAGGUUGGACUCCCAGAGAGCAGGGGAAGGGGCGGGGCCUGCCAUUCCUACUGGACAUUGCGCCUUGGCUUAUCUGCUUGUUGAAACCUUUCUUAGUUCCCUUCUUAUAAUGGUUGUGAGCCCCCAACCCAACGCUUCUCUCUUAAACCCCGUGAUUCAGGCAACAUCAUACUUUACUGGUCCUGCUUCACUAGAGAGCUGCAUGGGGAGACCUUGCUGGAAAUUGAACUUGGGACCUCUGGAAGAGCGGUCAGUCCUCUUAACCCCUGAGCUAUCAUUCCAGCACCUUUAGCUCCCUUCUUGGUUGCCAAGACACCUCAGCACAGACUGGAGCCCAGACCCUGCCUGGUGGCUCGGGUCUCACAUUCAGCCAAAGGUGAGAACAGAGCCACCCAGCAUUGUGACAUUGGUGGUGCUAGCUUCUUCCUUGUUGGUGGCUUUCACUGCUGGGUUUCCGUCUCAGCCCCACACUUUACCAAGGCUCUAGCCCUCUCACAGCUCUCCCAUAUAUGUAUCCCUUGACCCCUACUGCCAUUAUAGCUCCAAUCCCUCUCUGCUCAGCUCUCAGUAAGCCAAGGGAGUAUGUUUCUUGUGCCCCAUUACUUAUAACUUACUUAGCCUGGGUUUCCCUAAAUCUUGCAACUAGCACCCACAUGACUUGGGGGUAGAAAUUUCUUCUGUAGUACUAAUGGCCUCCACCACAGCCCAAGAGGAACAGUCACCCACAUUUCUAUCUGGUUGGUUUGGGGACAAAAAUGGCAAAGGCACCUGCCAGGAGAGUCAGGAGAUGGUGUUUCUAGCUGGCACGGGAGGUCAGGUUUUGUGAGACAGAUACUUGAUAGAUUGAGUUGAGGAAACGGCUCAGAUGGCCUUGGAAAAUGGGCAGGGUGACACUUGAGGACCAGAGACCUGGGUCUAAGGUGUGGGGUGCUGCUGGUGCCUUGCCCAGCUGCUCAAGGCGUGCUCUCCAGAGGAGGCCCACAGCUCGGAGCCCGGCCUGUCAGUUUAUACUUCAGAUUUUGAAAGACGCGGCCAGCGGCUCUCCACAGCCCCAUUAUUGCACAAGAGUUUACCUCAGGGGCAUGGCUGCUUCCUGACAGAGAUGGGUCCACUCCCUGCCAAGUCCCUGGAAGGUGUCAAGAGGGGCCAGAGUCAACCUCAGAGGGGCAACACCCAGGGGCCCCUGGCAGGCAUCGGAAACCUGGCCAGCUGUCCAGAACAAUCCGCCUCACAAGCUGUCAUGGUGGCUGUUUUAGGAUGCAGUAGAAGGCAGUGUGCAGACUGAGACCCCACUAGGGAAGCUGCCACCCCAAACUUAAAGAACAUGGUCUAACUGGGCAUGGUGGUCUGCAGCUUUACCCAGCACUCAACCACAUGUUGGCUCCCACCCAUCUGUAAGGGGAUUCAAUGCUUCUUCUUGUGAAUAUAAAUAAAACAAAAAUAAAUCUU